CGCCCAGGAACGUUCCUCGGGUCCCACUCUAGGCUGGGCCGGCUCCUUCCCGCUCCCGGCACUCCGCAGCCGAGCUCGCACUCCUCCCCUCACUCUCCACGAGUUGCACGCCUCGGGGUGUAGCUCCGCCCCUGUCCCCGAGUCCGCCCCCGCAACCUCCAGAGCGUGUGCUCCCUUUUCCUCCCUUCAGUCUCUUGCCAUCCAGGCGUCUUGGGUCUCACUCCGCAGAGCCUCUGGGUCUCGCCGGCCUUGCCCCGCCGCCUCCGCGCUCUGUCUUCCGCGAGGCCGCCGCUACUCCCACCCCGGGAUCGCUUCCUCCCGGCCGGACUCGGGGUCGCGCGGCCCGACUCCGCCCCCUCCGCGGACCCGCGCGCUCCUGGCGCGGCCUCUCCCCCCACCCCACGCAGGCCACCGGGCGCUCGGCCCCCUCCUUCCCGCUCGCCUCGCGCUCCCCGGGCGCCCUCGCUCUCGCGCUCUCCAAGGCAAGCGCGCUCCCGGCCGGCGCGCUCCGGGCUCCGGCUUCUCCCGGCUCCUGUCAGUGCGGUGACUGCGCUGGGAAACAUGGCGACCGAGGGAAUGAUCCUCACCAACCACGACCAUCAAAUCCGUGUCGGAGUCCUCACAGUGAGUGAUAGCUGCUUCAGGAAUCUUGCAGAAGACCGCAGUGGGAUAAAUCUAAAAGAUCUUGUCCAAGAUCCUUCUUUGUUGGGUGGGACUAUAUCGGCAUACAAGAUAGUACCAGAUGAAAUAGAAGAAAUCAAGGAAACACUCAUAGACUGGUGUGAUGAAAAGGAACUUAAUUUGAUAUUAACAACUGGAGGAACGGGAUUUGCACCACGAGAUGUCACUCCAGAGAAAUUCCCAACAUUCCCAUUUUGUGGGCUCCAGAAAGGGGCCACAAAAGAAGUAAUAGAACGGGAAGCGCCAGGGAUGGCCCUGGCAAUGCUGAUGGGAUCACUUAAUGUUACACCUCUGGGCAUGCUCUCUAGACCAGUGUGUGGAAUAAGGGGGAAAACUCUGAUAAUUAACCUACCUGGUAGCAAGAAAGGAUCUCAGGAAUGCUUUCAGUUCAUACUGCCAGCUCUACCUCAUGCCAUUGACCUUUUACGUGAUGCCAUUGUAAAAGUAAAGGAGGUGCAUGAUGAACUUGAAGAUUUACCUUCCCCACCACCUCCUCUCUCUCCACCUCCUACAACUAGCCCACAUAAACAGACAGAAGACAAAGGAGUUCAGUGUGAAGAAGAAGAAGAAGAAAAGAAAGACAGUGGUGUAGCUUCAACAGAAGAUAGUUCCUCAUCACAUAUAACUGCAGCAGCUCUUGCUGCAAAGAAGCAUCCAUUCUACACCAGUCCUGCUCUUUUCAUGGCAAAUCAUGGGCAGCCCAUCCCUGGUCUCAUCAGUUAUUCCCAUCAUGCAACAGGCAGUGCAGAUAAACGGAUUCCAGACUCCAUCAUUUCUCGUGGUGUUCAGGUGCUCCCACGAGACACAGCCUCCCUUAGCACUACUCCUUCAGAAUCGCCCCGUGCUCAGGCUACAUCUCGCCUCUCUACAGCUUCUUGUCCAACACCAAAACAAAUUAGACGGCCGGAGGCAAGCAAAGGAGUUGCUAGUAGAGUUGGAUCCCUCAAAGCUCGGCUUCCGUCGUGCUCAUCUACCUAUAGUGUAUCUGAGCUCCACUCUAGAUUGGAAGGGCUUAAAGAUGAACUCUGGAGGAAUAGAGGCUACGACUUAAGAGUCCAGUCCAGGUGCAGCAGCAAGGAGAACAUUCUAAGAGCCAGUCACAGUGCUGUAGAUAUCACCAAGGUGGCUAGAAGACAUCGCAUGUCUCCUUUUCCCCUGACGUCUAUGGACAAAGCCUUCAUUACAGUCCUGGAGAUGACUCCGGUGCUUGGUACAGAAAUCAUCAAUUACCGAGAUGGAAUGGGGCGAGUCCUUGCUCAAGAUGUAUAUGCAAAAGACAACCUACCCCCAUUCCCUGCAUCAGUAAAAGAUGGCUAUGCUGUUCGAGCUGCUGAUGGUCCAGGGGAUCGUUUCAUCAUUGGGGAAUCCCAAGCUGGUGAGCAGCCAACUCAGACAGUAAUGCCAGGACAAGUGAUGCGGGUUACAACAGGUGCUCCAAUCCCCUGCGGUGCUGAUGCAGUAGUGCAAGUUGAAGAUACUGAACUCAUCAGGGAAUCAGAUGAUGGUACUGAAGAACUUGAAGUACGAAUUCUGGUGCAAGCUCGGCCAGGCCAAGAUAUCCGACCCAUCGGCCAUGACAUUAAGAGAGGGGAGUGUGUUUUGGCCAAAGGAACCCAUAUGGGCCCUUCAGAGAUUGGUCUCCUUGCAACUGUGGGUGUCACAGAAGUGGAAGUUAAUAAGUUUCCAGUGGUUGCCGUUAUGUCAACAGGGAAUGAGCUGCUAAAUCCUGAAGAUGAUCUCUUACCAGGAAAGAUUCGGGACAGCAAUCGAUCAACACUUCUAGCAACAAUUCAGGAACAUGGUUACCCAACAAUCAACCUGGGAAUUGUAGGAGACAACCCAGAUGACUUACUCAAUGCCUUGAAUGAGGGUAUCAGCCGUGCUGAUGUCAUCAUCACAUCAGGAGGUGUGUCCAUGGGGGAAAAGGACUAUCUCAAGCAGGUGCUGGACAUUGAUCUUCAUGCUCAGAUCCAUUUUGGCAGAGUUUUUAUGAAGCCAGGCUUGCCAACAACAUUUGCAACUUUGGAUAUUGAUGGUGUAAGAAAAAUUAUUUUUGCACUACCAGGGAAUCCUGUAUCAGCUGUGGUCACCUGCAACCUCUUUGUUGUACCUGCACUGAGAAAGAUGCAGGGUAUCUUGGAUCCUCGGCCAACCAUCAUCAAAGCCAGGUUAUCGUGUGAUGUAAAACUGGACCCUCGCCCAGAAUACCACCGGUGUAUACUGACUUGGCAUCACCAAGAACCACUGCCCUGGGCCCAGAGUACAGGUAAUCAGAUGAGCAGCCGUCUGAUGAGCAUGCGCAGUGCCAAUGGAUUAUUGAUGCUACCUCCAAAGACAGAGCAGUACGUGGAACUUCACAAAGGCGAGGUGGUAGAUGUCAUGGUCAUUGGACGGCUAUGAUGGUGACCAACAGGAGAAAGUUUUGAUGCAUGUCCACAUAUCAUUGACUGUAUCCUGUAAUAUGCAACGGCACAGCUAGUUUUUCUGAUCUGGAUAAAAGUUGAUCUGUAUAGUCAACAUCUUGAACUAUAUUUCAAAUGAAAUUUAAAUACCUUUUAAAGAAAAAAAAACACCUAAGAAUAAAUCUCAACAGACAACUCUAUUCUGAUUAUAUCAAAGCAAAAUUUUCCUUUCUUGCAAAUUGCUUUGUGUGUUCAAUGCUAGGUCUGAUAGCGAUAGCUUUUAGUAGACAGCGGUAGGUGCCUGCAGAACUUGUGUUUUUCUCAUCUUUAAAUACAACUACUUAUGCUCUUAAUCAAGGCUGUCUGCUUCUUUAUACUAGUGUAGGCAACACUUGGAUUUCCCUUCUUAGUAUGCUUCAUAACUGCUUUACAGAGAGCUUUUGCUUGUUCUUUAUCAUGUAUCUCGUGUUUAUGUGCACCAUGCCAAAAGAGGAGACUGCGCGGAGGCCCCAUCCUGCCGCUAGAACCUUCCCUGCUGAGCACCCAGGGAAGGUCUCACCCUAGCAGCCUCAGGCACAGUACUGGCAGGCAGUAACUGGAUACCUUUUAUUUGAACAAACAAACUGGGGGAAAUGCUUCCUUAAGUGCUGACAGCCUUUUUAACCAACACAUUUAAAAUUGUACAGAACAAAAAUAAAAUCAAAGACUGAUCUUGUACAGAUAUUAGUGUUACCAGCAUUCAUGUGGAAAUCAAGAGCAAAAACAAAAUAAUGUUAAACAACUCUGUACCAUAACAUUUUCUGUAAUGAUAAUGAAACUUAAUGAAUAAAAAAAAUCCU